AUGGCCUGUUCUCUCUCUCUUUGCAUCUUUGUAUCUGCCUCUCUCUCUCUCUCUCUCUCGAAUUGCGCAUGUUUAUGUGGCCGUGGAGCGAGCCUGAACGCGGUUGUGGGAAGUCCUGUUGGACGAGCCUCUGGAUUUGGUCUUCGGUCUCGGAAGAGUCUUCGACGUGACUCGAGGCGUAUUCCGAAUCGUCGUGUCAAGCCAAGUUCCAGAUGA